AUGUUGGCAGCAGCUCGAAGACUGCCCUUUCUCGCUCUCUUCCUCCAGGCAUGCCUCGUCUCGGCCGUCAAGUUUGAGCUGGAGGCUUCCUAUAAUCCAAAACCAAGUACCGUCUGGAACUUUGCGGGUGCCAAAUCCCUAGUCAUCGUAACUGCAAAUGCGCCAAUAGCAGCUGGUCAAAGACUGGAUAUAGAAAUAUUAGAUGGGGCGGAGAGGCCGAACGUGUAUCUGUCGAAGAAGGAUAUCAAAGGAGAGACGAGACUGGCAGUGACGACGCAUGAGUCGGCGGAUGUGGGUGUGUGUAUCAGGAACUAUUUGGAUGGAGCAUCGUCAUCGAAGGGGAUGAUGAGGACUGUCGAGCUGGACAUCGACAUUGGAGCGGAGGCUGUGGACUACAACGCUAUCGCCAACCAAGAAUCAUUAUCCAUUCUCGAAGUCGAGAUGCGCAAGCUGGAAGCGGUCGUGAAGGAGGUAGUGGAUGAGCUGGGAUAUCUGCAACGGAGAGAAAUGCGGAUGAGGGAUACCAAUGAAAGCACAAAUACCCGCGUCAAGAACUUCUCACUGUUGAUCAUGGUCGGUAUAGUCGCUCUAGGUGUAUGGCAGCUGGUCCAUCUCCGGUCUUUCUUCAAGCGGAAGUACCUCAUCGACUAG